AUGCACACCAACUUUGCCACCAAAGCCUGUGCUAUAGCAGCCCUGCUACCAACAGCGGCGAUUGCCCAAAGCGUCUUUGCUCAUGUCAUUGUCGGCAACACAGCGUCCUACACAAUCGAGCAAUGGACCUCAGAAAUCGAGCUCGCUCAAAGCUACGGCAUUGAUGCAUUUGUCUUGAACAUCGGCACUCCCUUUGAAGGAAACACAGCAACACAAGCGAGCUAUGCAUUCCAAGCUUGCAACGCCCUUUCGUCCGGUUUCAAAAUGUUCUUCUCCUUCGACUACAACGGCGGAACUGACGGCCCAUGGUCUCAAAGCGACAUUAUCACAAUUCUGCAGGCUUAUGCUCCGAAUGGUUGUCAUUUCCAGUACGAUGGCAAGGCUUUGGUCUCGACUUUCGAAGGUACGAGCACCGACGAGAUCAAUGCAUGGCCGUCCAUUCGUGCUGCAGUGAAUCACGGGCUCUAUUUUGUGCCUGACUGGACUUUGUUGGGGCCUCACGGUUUCGACACCAGCUUGGUUGAUGGUGCUUUCUCUUGGGACAUGUGGCCAGCAGGCGCACACGACGUUUCAACGACAUCCGACGUAGCUUGGGACGAAGACUUCCUUACUCCAGCAGGGAAAACCUACAUGAUGGGAGUCUCCCCCUGGUUCUACACCGAUCUCCCCUACAAAGCCUGGGUCUGGCGCGGCGACUCCGCCUGGUCCCUCCGCUGGAACCAGACCCUCCAAAUCGUCCCUGAAUUCGUUGAAAUCGCCACCUGGAACGACUACGGCGAAUCCCACUACAUCGGCCCAAUCGUCUCAGCAGGAAUCCCAUCUGGCGCCGAACGCUACGUCGAGAACUACCCACAUACCGGCUGGCUCGAGACUCUGCCGUACCAGAUUGCUGCGUAUAAGCACGCCUACAGUGCUGCGAACCCGACACCAAGUGUCGCUGCUGGCGAAGAGAAGAUUGUGUACUGGUACCGUACCAGCCCCGCCAGUGCUGGCUCCACGAACGCAACGGGGAAUUACUGUCCUUCGCCAUACAAUGCGGGGGCGUAUCAGAGCUGUGUGCCUAUCACUGAUAUUCUGGAAGAUGAAGUGUUUGCUAUUGUCCUGGCUUCGCAGGCAGGCACUGCUAGCAUCACGAUUGGCGGGUCGACGUCGACUUUCAGUGUCUCUUCUGGCAACAACUUCGUCCGCAAGGCUUUUCAGGGCAAUACUGGUGUAGUCUCGGUCGGUAUGGGCAGUGUUUCUGGCUCCGGGGUUGAGAUCACUGCGGCGCCUGCUAGUGGGAUUGCGAACUACAAUGCUUGGGUUGGCUGCGCGGGAUCGUGCCGUUCGAUAUGA